AUGUCCAGUGACCAUGACAUCGAUCCUGGAGGGACCAUGGACGGGGAUGGGCUAUUUGUCGAACAAGUGGAUCCGUCCACAAGUGGAGGGCCGGUUGGUCAGCCAUCAGUGGCCAUGCCUCACUACAUGGUCGCUGAAGACAGUGUUUGGGUCCAACCUUUGUCAGAUAUCAUAUACCAAGAGGACAUAGCAACUUCUUUUGAAGACAUACAGUAUGGAGAUAUGCAGACAGUCAGUCAGCAAAUACUUACUACUGGUGAUGAGAUUUACUUGAUGCCUGACGAAGAGCGCGAUUUCAAUGAAAUGACGGAAUCAGUAGAAAGCUUACAAGUAGCUGCACAUGAAGUGGUGGUGGAUGAAAUGAUGCAACCUCAAGUUGAGCCUACCGAGUACAUCCAGAACCUUCCGCGACAAGUGGUCAGGGGCAUGCCAACCUAUGUUAGGUCUCUUCCCCAACAUGCUGUCCGGCCGGAGCCGUCGCAAAUUAUGCCCAUGACCGGGAGUAGUAGGGUCCGUUACAUAGUACAACAGCAACCACAACCGUACGAGGUUCCACAAGAUGCACAUCUGCAAUACGAGAUGAGGCCGAAGGCGAUGUUUGAAGGAACUUCAAGUCAGCCAGUCAUCCCGAUACAACAGAGACCUCCGACCGUGACUAGAUCGAGGUCCAAGUCACAACCGCGACGGCCAAUCUUUGGUGAUUUGGAGGAUGACUCGCUUGCCUAUCUUGUACAGGUAAGCCUCCUGUUGUUUGUGUGUAGAAAUGUUUUUAUUACAACAUGAGC